GUUGAAGUAGAGGAUUUUUCGUGCCCCAAUAAGUGAAAAAGGACUAAUUACAACGUAGAUACGAUGGAGGAAGAGGAGCAUACAGACAGAAAGCAGCAGCUUGCCAUGCUUUAUCAAAAGCUCAACAAAAUAAAAAAGUCUCUCAAUGAAGAAAACGAUGAUGCCGACAAUAUUGGCAAGAUCAUCAGCUCAAACUCUCCUGAAGAGUGCCUCUCAUAUUUGAUGGACCUGGAGAAGAAAGGGGACCCUCACUUGGACCGUGACCACCUCACCAGACUCACUGAUUUCUGUAGCAGAGUAUUCUCCAGUAUGCCACUUGGAAAACACAGUCAAAAUGAGAGCUACGCCAGGAUGUUGGUCAGAUUUGCAGAGCUGAAAGCAAUUCAAGAUGUUAAUGAAGCAGAAACCAACUUCAUUGUGGCAACAUCUCACAGCCAGAACUUUGCAUUUGUCCACGUCGCGCAUGCACAGUUUGAAAAUUCUCAAGGCAACACCAAGAGAGCCCUUUAUAUAUUGAAUAAUGCCAUCGAACUGGAUGCCAAACCAAAGGAACUGCUGGAGUCCGCCUUGCAGAGCAUGCAGAUAGGGAAAACACAACCUCCCUGUUCAGAGGACAAGGAAAAUUUACCACUAUUGUCCAACAAUGUCGUGCACGAUUCUGUGAAAAAAGGCUCUGAGUUCAAGAAAGUAAGCAGGAUAUCAGACGGGACCGGUGACUUGCAGCUCUUCACCAUUUUUGGUUCAGGGACUGAGCCUCUAGGGGCAUCAUCAGACGACCAGCUACCAGGAUGGAGAUCUGCAUCUCAAUGCAAGAGAGCAGUCGGCUUGCCAGGGAGAGUCCCCAUAGCUUCUUUAUCUAUCCCAGAAAAGGAUGAUGAUGAUGACUACAAUAAUGGGAGGCCCUCCAAGAGAAAGGAUUCAUCAAUCCCCUUCAGUUUGUCGAGGCAAACAUCUGGUUCUAGCGUGAGCAAGAUGUUUGGGUCCUCAAAGAAAAUUGCUGCCGAUGGACAUUUAUUCAGUCUUCAGCCGCCGACCCUCAGUCCAGAGCAUUGUCCAUGGGAAGACCAGGCCGCUGUGGACUCAACCACUACUUUCCUUCACACACACACAAAAGACACCUUGAGGAUGGAAGAUGUCACUUACACUUUCGACCAGAUCGUCAAUUCAAAUUCCCCCGAGUCAUGUUGGACUUACCUGAAGAAACUGGAGAAAAGAGGCAACCCUCACACAGACAUCAGCCUCUUUAAUAAGCUCAAGGAUUGUUACUCCAAAGUGUUCUCCAGGCUGCCAAUAAGACAAUACAGCAAAAACGCCAGCUAUGCCAGAAUCCUGGUCAGAUAUGCACAACUCAAAGGCAUUGAAGACCCAGAUGAAGCCAAUGACCACUUCAUAGUCGCAAAAUCCAACUGCAAAGGCUUUGCCUUUAUCUACGUAGCACAUGCCCAGUUUGAGGUUUCUCAAGGUAAUGUGGUCAAAGCAACUUCAAUCCUGCGCAAAGCCCAGACACUAAACGCCAAACCAGCUGAGCUCCUGGAGGUGGCCAUACGUAACCUUAAAGCUGGAGAAAAACAGCUGGUACCCACCGGGGAGGAGGAACAACCUACAGAUUUGCAAACAGUCAUGGCAUCUGGAAACCAGGAAUUGCCGCUUCCUGCUCGGGUACCUUUGAACCGCUCAGUGGAACAGCCUAAACCUGCCAACAAGGAGACCCUGUCAGAGUGGAAGAUGCCAACUCUGGUUAACCGCCAUGUUUCUCCAGAGGAUAAAUUGAUAACACCACCUGACCUCAGACUUGUUCCUCGUGCGAAGGAGUCCAUCCCUACUCCAUCUCUCAAUCUUCCUUCCAGACUGAACCCACAAACAGUCUGUCAGACACCAAACAGCUACAGAAACCCCUCUGCCAACAGCUUUGUUACUCCUGUUGUAAAGAGAGACCAUGUAGUGUAUUCCUCUGCAGUAGCAGCACACAGAGCUGGACUUGUUCAGCAGCCCUGCACACCUCUAAACCAAGCAUCAUGUUUCCAAACUCCUAAGGCUUCCCUCAGCACAUUGUCAAAUGAAUCUCUAACCAUUAAAGACAAGCAGUUCUUCAUUCUCAAGGUGAUUGGACGAGGUGGUUCUAGCAAGGUCUACCAGGUCCUUGAUCACAAAAAACAGCUGUUUGCUGUGAAAUAUGUUGACCUGGAGGGGGCUGAUGAUCAGACUAGAGAAAGCUACAAAAAUGAGAUAGAACAUCUGAACCACUUGCAGCAGUUCAGCGAUCAAAUUGUAAAGCUCUAUGACUAUGAAAUAACCAACAGCUACAUCUACAUGCUGAUGGAGUGUGGAAACUUGGACCUGAACACUUGGUUGCGAAACCGAAAGACUGUGAAUCCGCUGGAGAGGAAGUUCUACUGGAAAAACAUGCUGGAGGCCGUCCAUACCAUUCACACACAUGGAAUUGUCCACAGUGACUUGAAGCCAGCGAAUUUUGUCAUAGUGAACGCGACGCUGAAGUUGAUUGACUUCGGCAUCGCAAACCGAAUCCAACCAGAUGUAACGAGCAUCAUGAAGGAUUCACUGGUAGGAACUUUGAACUAUAUGCCCCCUGAAGCCAUCAAAGACACUUCAUCCCAGCCAGGAAAAGCACGCUCAAAGAUCAGUCCCAAAGGUGACGUGUGGUCUCUUGGAUGUAUCCUGUACUGCAUGACUUAUGGGAAGACUCCAUUCCAAAGCAUCACCAAUCAGAUAACCAAGCUGCAAGCCAUCACCGAUCCCUCACACAAGAUCGAGUUUCCUGACAUUUCAGAGAAGGAUUUGCUGGAUGUGUUGAAGAGAUGCUUGGUACGAAACCCCAGAGAGCGAGUCUCUAUUACAGAGCUGCUGGAGCAUCCAUACUUGCAGCUGAAGCCACAAGCGUCACCUAAGCCAGAACGCAACGCUGAUCUCCAGAGAAUCCUAACGGACCUUGCAGCCCUCCAGUCUCCAAACAGCAUCAUCCGAGCUGCUAAUAACCUGGCAAAAAUGUGCAGCAGCGGCAGGAAGUUGGAUGUUGCAGAGUGUGCAAAGUCAUCCUCCGAACUAUCCUGAAAAUGUGAUGUAAAUAGUGUCUGUUUUUUAUUUUCUUUUUAUUGAUGCUCGAGGCUGUGUGAUAUGAUCAAAAUCUCAUAUCCAGAUAUAGUUCAUUUCAUAUCCAGAAAACAACACAUAUCACGAUACAGCACGUUUUCUGUCAAUUCAAUGAAACUGUACCAAAUGACAGACUAAUACUGUCAAGAUAGAGCAAUAAUAGAGCAUAAUAAGAUAUAGAUGUUUUUCUACUGUCAAACAAUAUAUAUUGUCUUAUCACACAACCCUUGUUGUGGUAUUUGAAAGUCCUCACAGAAGAAGUUUCAAAAGAGAUUCUGUAAAUUCAAGGGUGAAUAAAAUAAAAUGAUUUGCCAGUAAUAUUAUGUUUCUGUAUCAAACAUUAGUGAC